UCCCAUCUAUCUACACAGUAUACAGGCUGUGGAAUUUCUACAUAGUGGUGGGAGAAUAAGACAAGACACUCAUCCGAUUCAAACCGUACUCGAUUUGGAGCGAAAAGAAACGUCGUACAACACUUCUGCACUCAUAACAGGCGAUUGUCUUUCUACUCCAUCAAACCACCAUGGAGAACCCGUCCCGCAAGUUGAUUAUCCAGAUGUCCGGGCCGCCAGGGUCGGGGAAAAGCACACUGGCACGGCUUCUCGCGCGCUCGAUUGAUGGCGUCGUGAUCAACCACGAUCUUAUCAAGGACUUCUUCCUCGACUCUAGCUUCUCGUUCCUAGACUCGGCGAGACUGACAUACCGCCUAGACUGGGCGCUAGCUGACGACAUUAUUCAGCAAGGUCGCAGCGUCGUCGUCGACAGCGUUUGUAAUUACGAGGAAGUCUUGACGCGUGGCACAGCGCUGGCGGCGCGGUAUGGCUAUUCAUACUGGUAUGUCGAAUGUAAGGUUGACGACAAGGAUCUGCUAGCUAGCAGAUUGCACACCAGAGAGCCAUUGCAAAACCAAGACACCGGCGAACAUGAGCCGCUUCCAGAUUCCGUCAGUAGUUUCGGAGGAGCAGGCGAAGACGGGGCUGUGAUUCUCAAGAAAUGGAUGGAAACGAGUCGUCCUGAUAACGAUGACGUGCUCAUCGUUGUCGACGCGACUCGUGGUCCGGAGGAAUGCUUGAAUGCUGUCAUGAAACGGCUUGGAUCCCAGCCCCCCGAGCAAUCGCAGGCUGAUGCUGGUAGCUGCUCCGCAUGCUCCCAAAAUCCUCACUAAAAGCUGGUCGGGAAAAUUGCGCAGGAACCAGGAUCGCCCGGGAAGGGCCGUCGCAGGCGGGACCAGGAAAAGGAAUUAGACGGAACUGCACCCACAUGCACGCGUUAUAAGGGACACGGAUUACACUUGCACUCUUUUACGGA